AUGCCUCGCUAUUGUACUCUUGAGUAUCUUUCUCCCACAAAACCUGACUCCAGAAUUUUUAUAAAAGUUCUACGAGUUUGGGAACACUUCAACUACCGUAAUCAACGCCAGGAAUUGCAUCUUAUCCUCGGUGACGAAAAUGGCUACAAAAUAGAGGCAUCGAUAGAUCAGGAUCUUAUCCCUUCGCUCGGUCCAAAGGUUAAAGAACGAGAAUGGAAUUAUGUCAAAUUCUUCAGCGUUGUCAAUGCGUUCGGAUCAUUCAGAAAUACUAUAAACUACCACUUCAUCAACAUGAACGCCGAUACUGUUGUAGACAAGACCUUUCAAGUCAAUCCUAAGUAUAUGAUAGAUUUUAUGCCAUGUGAUGUCAUUAUCCGAGGGAAUUUCCCUACUGAGUAUUCUAUCGACUUGAUCGGCGUAAUCAUCUAUGUUGAUGAUGAACUAAGUACUGACAUUGAUGAUCCCUACGAGAUGAUUAUGUUGAUAAGGGACAUGAAUUAUGUUGAUAUGGACAUAACACUCAUUGGGAAGACUGCUCUGAAUUUCUGGAAGAAAUGGGAAGACAUAGGUACUAAUGAAACAAUCUUGACUUUGCGCAUGUUUCGUCUGACCUAUGAUUCUGAAGAGAGAUAUCGCAUAAGGAAUGCUGGAGACCAUUCUGAACUACUUUUCAAUCCUCACAUAAAAGAGGUUUCUGAUUAUCUUAACUGA